ACUUUACCUAUUUGUGCUCUGCAUCGAUGUUUUUACGUCAUUCGUUGUAUCUAUGUACCUGUUUGUGCAUAAUUGUGCUUAUUAUGUUCAAGUACGAUCGAAUUAUACUGUUUGAUCGUUUCUGUGUUCGUUUUUUAUUCGUACAAUUUUUUAUCGUGUAUAUUCACGAAACAAUGGUCCUCCGAGCCGGAUAUCUAAUUUCCGGGAACAAUUUAAUUCGUAAAUUUUCGUAAAAAUUUGUCGUUUUGGUGUUCGUUUUGGACCAAAUAUGGUCAAGUUUUCGCAAGAAAAAUCGCAUUCGUAAGUUGAACUGAUUAUUUUCAUUCGUAAUUCGAAAUUUAUUCGUUAUUAUCGUUCGUUCAUCCUGAAUAAUUCGAAAGUUUAUUCGUUAUUAUCGUUCGUUUCAUCAUGUCGGCUGAAAUUGAGAAGAAGAAGAAAAGUUUGACUCGAGAAAAAAGGGUAAUCACGUUGGGUUUGACCAGAGAUGCUGCCACCGUCUCAAGUUUAUUAUCCCAGAACCCUUCCUCUACAGUAGUGAAUCAACUCCAUGCCUACAUGGACUCAUGGAAAGAUAGCCUUGGAAAGUUGAAAUUAAUCGAUGACCAAUUUAUGGAUCUUAUCGACGAUAACAAAACCAUCGAAGAAAUCACUGCUGAAGAGGUGAAAAUUCUUCACGAUUACGAGACUUGGCGAACCAACUUUCACAAAAACGUGGGUAAGGUGAAAACAUUCGAGUCAAAAAUUACUCCAACGUCACCACAACCUCAAACUACUCGUCGUUCGACCAAUUUGUUCGAUAAUACGUUGGUGAAUCCCAUCUUGAAACUUCAAGAUAUUCCAGUGCCACUAUUCGAUGGCAAUUACGCUUCGUUUCCUGAUUGGUGGGCAGAAUUUUCUUCGAUGAUCGAUUCCAACGAAACCUUCGAUAAUUUUCAAAAACUCUUUCUGCUCAAGUGGUGCAUGGUUGGUAAAGCAGAAAAGUUGCUAAAAGAUAUCGGUAAUGGUGGUGAAGUUUACCAAUCCACCUUGGCAGAUUUAUAUAAGGAAUUUUUUAAUCGUCGUCGUAUUAUUUCCGAGCAUUUUGCCAACUUAUUCGACUUGCCACCAAUCAAAAAUUCUACAAUUCGUGAUAGUGUAGAUUUAGUUCGAAGGUGUUUACGUGGGUUGCGAGUAUGUGGAUUAGAACCGGAAAAAAUGUCUCCAAUGGUCGCUUUUUGGGUCGCGAAAAAACUGCCAGACAACCUUCGCCGAGACUGGGAAAAUCAGAACCAUGAUUUUUCCACAUAUCCCUCAUUCGAAUCUAUGGCAACCUUUUUGAUCAAUCGGAGUUUUGCGGUGGAAACCAGUGUUGAUAAACCAGAGAAAGAAAAGCCAAAUUCGAGUUCCAGUGUUGGCGGAAAAUCUGUCAAGGGCAAUAAAGGUUCGUCUGUUCCAGAAAAAAGAUCGUUCGUCGCUUCGCCAACCUCUCCAGCCCCUCCAAAGUGCAUUUUAUGUGAUGAAGUGCACUACCUGAAUCAAUGUCGCAGCUUUUUAAGCAAGAAUGUUUCGGAAAGGUUUGAAAUUGUAAAAUCGUAUAAAUUAUGUUUGAAAUGUUUUAAUGCUAAUCAUACUGUGUCGAAUUGUAAAUGGAAAAAUUGUAAUCGUUGUCGUGGUAAUCAUAAUACGUUGCUACAUAGGGAAUAUUCGUCCGGGUCUGUUGGUGGAAAUGGACAAAAUUUAGGUUCGAAUUUGUCUCAUUCUGGUGCUAAUAAUGGUCCAACUGGACAAAGUGGUUCUACUGGGUCAACAGGUCAAAAUGUUCCUCCUAGUGGCCAACAAGGGUCAAUUGCUAUGACAAAUUGUGCUUUGUCAUCGAAUAAGACUGUAUUUUUGUCAACUGCAGUAGUGAAAAUUCAAGGCCCAAAGGGUAUCGAAAAGGGAAGAAUUUUUUUUGAUCAGGGUUCGGAAGUUUCGUUAGUGACUAGGGAAUUUUGCAAUCGUGCGAAAUUGAAUUUAACUCGUUCGGAAGAGCCUACUGUCUUGUUUGGCAUCCAUAAUGACUCAAAAACUUUGGAAUAUGGUACUCAAUUUGUGAUAAAAUCUCGUCUGUCUGAUUUUAGUAUUGCUGUUUCAGCAGAAGUAGUUGAUAAAAUACCCUAUAGUGUAAAUCGAAGUGAUGUGAAAAGUGUUUUGGGCAAUUUUCCUUAUCAAUUUGCCGAAUCAUUAGAUUUACCUUAUAAUACGGUUGAUGUACUUUUAGGCAGUGAAUAUGUUGAGUUCGUUUUGAAGGAGAAACGUUACUUCUUUGAAGGGAUAUGCCUUAGAGAUUCUCAUUUCGGAUUUGUUAUCUCCGGUUCUGCUAGAAAAACUACAUUUUUUUCAGAAAAAGCUUCGUUCAGUUCUUUUUGUGGUUUGUCUAAUAAUGAAUUAUCAGAUCAAUUUGAUCGUUUUUGUCGUAUAGAAAAUAUUUCAGAUCUCGAUGAAACAAAAAAUGAAACUAUCGUAGAACAUCGUUUAAUUCGUGAACAUUUUGAUAAAACCUACUCUCGUGACGAAAAUGGUAGAUUUAUAUUGCGCCUACCUAUUAAACCUACAGUAGUAAAUUUGAAAGGGUCGUUUCAUAAAGCUAAGAUUAUGUUGUUAAAAUCUGAGCGUCGUAGGUCUGAAUUAAUUCGUAAAGCAUAUUGUACUUUCAUGUCCGAAUAUGAACAUUUGAAUCAUACGUCGAAAUUGAAUAAUUUUAAUGGUAAUUGUGAUACUGAUAAUGUCUAUUAUAUUCCUCACCACAUCGUAAAGAAAGAAACUAGCUCGACAACGAAAUAUCGAGUCUUUUUCAACGCUUCUAGUAAAGACGAGUCGAAUACCUCGUUAAAUGACCAUUUAUAUGAUGGUCCUGUUAUUCAGCCAGAGCUUUUUACCAACGUUAUUUGCUUUCGUGAUUUUAUUAUCGCAUUUGCAGCUGAUAUCGAACAUAUGUAUCAUCAAAUUUUAAUGCAUGUCGAAGAUCGAAAAUACCAACGAAUCAUUUGGCGUUACAAUAGGUCCGAUCCUAUUGAAACUUGUGAAUUGAACACGUUAACGUAUGGCACAAAACCUGCCGCGUUUUUGGCUACGUAUUGUUUGGAAAAAGUAGGUAUCUCAAUUCAUGAAAAAUCUCCUCAUGCUGCUAAAUCUAUUCGUUCUCAUUUUUAUAUCGAUAAUUUAAUGACAGGCGCUGAUAGUGUUGAGGAAGCUAUUGAGCUACAAAAAAUUAUACACAAUACGUUGCAAAAUUUUGGAUUUCCUUUGAGAAAAUACAUGAGCAAUUCAACUGAAGUUUUGAAACAAAUUGAUUCGUCGUUAAUCGAGCCGCUAAAUUCUCGUAUUUUAGGCGGAGAUUCGUUCAUUUAUGUACUCGGUUUAGUGUGGUGUCCGAUACCAGACACUUUGCAUGUAAUGCUAAAUCUAGAUACGUUACCUAAGCAGAUAACGAAACGAAUAAUGUUGUCCGAUGUAUCGAAGGUAUUUGACGUACUCGGCAUGUUAUCACCUGUUACUGUGAAGGCUAAAAUUUUGUUGCAAGAAUUAUGGCGAAUCGCGAUUGAUUGGGACGAUCCGAUAUCGUCAGAAAUCGAAAAUGAAUUUUUGGCUUAUCGUUUGGAAUUGGAAAAGUUGAAAAAUUUCUCUGUACCUCGGUUGUAUUGCUCUAAUGAUGAUAUCGUUUCGAAGCGUCUCAUUGGUUUUUCUGACGCGUCUACGCGUGCUUAUGCUGCUGUAGUGUACAUACAAUGUGUUGAUAAUUUCGGUAAUAUUAUCAACUCGUUCGUUUGUGCUAAAACACGUAUCAAACCGCUCAAGGAAAAUAAUAUACAUCGUUUGGAAUUACUUGGAGCGCUUUUAUUAGCUAAUUUAUUGAAUCGUAUUUGUAAUGACUUGAAAUUUGAUCGUUCGAAAAUGUUUGCCUUUUGUGAUUCUCAAGUUACUUUGUGUUGGAUUAAUCAUCCUAUCUCAAAAUUAAAACAGUUCGUUUCGAAUAGGGUGGAAAAAAUUACAGCAAUAAUACCAAGUAAUCGUUGGUAUUAUAUUGAUACAAAAAGCAAUAUCGCUGACUUGGCAACUCGCGGCAUUUCUGCUGAAAAUUUAUUGAAAAAUAAUUCGUGGCUAAAUGGUCCAACAUGGUCUGACAAUGAUUUUAAAACUAUCACCUCGACAUCGUUCAAAAGUACUGAAAAGGUACUUGAAACAUAUGAUAUGUUGAUAUGCUUUAACGUGAUCGCUAAUGAAGUCAUUCCACUGUUGAUUUUGAAUCGAAAUUCGUCUUUUUUGAAAAGCAUUGGUGUUAUGGCCUAUGCAAUUCGUCUUUUAAUUAACGUAACCACGAUUAAAGAUAAAUUUGUGAACAGUUUGAUCGAAGUUCCAAAGACCAAAUUACUAACAUACUAACCCUCGAAGAACGUGAUAUUGCUUUGCAUGUGCUUAUUCAUUUUGCUCAAAUGGAACAUUUUCGAAAAGAGUACAUUGCUCUCAUUAAUCAAAAACCAAUUUCGAAACGUAGUCCUUUACUUUCGUUGAAUGCUAAAAUUUUUCUUCAAAGGGAUAAUCUGAUUCGCGUAAGUGGUCGUUUAGAGGCCUCAAACUUUUCCUUUGAAUUGAAACAUCCUAUUAUUUUGUCGAAAAAUUCUCGUUUUCUGGAACUUUUUAUUGAGCAUAUUCAUCGAAAAUAUUUUCAUGCCUCAAAAUCGUUUUUAUUGAAUUUUGUUCGUAGCAAAUUUUGGAUCGUCGGAGGUGGGUCCUCAAUCAUAAAAAAGGUGCUUCGAAAAUGCAUCCUUUGUACUCGUGAAAAUGUUACUCAAGUUCGUCAAAUUAUGUCUGAUUUACCUCGCGAACGUGUUACUAUUUCAAGGCCAUUUACUACUACUGGUGUGGACUUCUCAGGCGCAUUUCAAGUGAAAUGCACAAACCAUCGUUCGACAAAAUUUAAUAAAGUAUAUGUUUGUUUUUUCGUCUGUUUCGUUUCACGUGCUGUGCACAUAGAAUUGGUUGAAGACAUGACGACUGAGUCAUUCCUUGCUGCUCUUGAACGUUUCGUAAGUCGACGCGGACUUCCUAACACCAUUUAUUCAGAUAAUGGUUCAAUUUUUAUCGGUGCCUCGAAUGUCUUAUCACAUUCUCAAAAAUUGUUAAAUUUCGCGAAUCUAAAUUCGAUUCGUUGGCGUUUUAUUGCUCCGCGAAGUCCACAUCAGGGUGGUAUUUGGGAGGCUGCAGUUAAGGCCGGAAAAGCUUGCCUGUUGAAAGCUAUUGGUAACCAAACGUUGAAUUUUUCAGAAUUCAAUACUGUUCUAUCGAAAGUCGAAGCUAUACUGAAUUCGAGACCAAUUUCCUACCGUAAUGUGAACCAAGAUUUAGAGCCGUUGACCCCAGGUCAUUUUUUAGUAGGUGGUUCGUUGCUUGAAACUCCUAUUUCUGACGAUCAUUCGAUCAAAUUAAAUUCUCGUUUUCGGUUAUGGAGAAAUAUUGUGGAUUCGUUUUGGCAAUCUUGGCGUCAUGAUUACCUAAAUCAACUUCAAACUAGAUUUAAAUGGAAGGAAAAAUUUCCUAAUUUGAAGGUCGAUGAUGUAGUUUUAGUAAAUUCGCCUAAUGAGCGUUCGAUGUAUUGGCCUUUAGGACGAAUUAUUGAAGUUUUUCCAGAUAAAGAAGGCGUUGUACGUAAUGUGAUGGUUAAGACAAAGGAUGGUAUCUUUAAAAGAGCUGUUCAAAAAUUAGUACUUUUACCAGUCAAUGACUGAAAUUUUCGUUUUGAUGUUUUAAUUUGAUAAUUACUUCGAUGUAAUUAGUUUAUAUGUACUUAUUUGUUCAUGAUAUUUUUCUUAAAUUAUUGUGACAAUUUUGUAUACUUCCUAGUACUAAUUUAAUUUUCUCGGAUUUGUCAAUUUUUUUUCUCUCUCGAUUUUGUCAAUUUAUUGCACUGAUUUGUAAUCAUUUUCUCGAUUUUGUAAUAACUUGUAUACUCGAUUUUGUAAUUUUUAUUUUUUAUUUUUUAUUUUUUUACUGUAUUUUCUUCAUGGACCAAAUUUGGCCUCCUUCGUUUUCGUUCGGUUGUAUCCGAUCUUAGCGCAGGUACUUUACCUAUUUGUGCUCUGCAUCGAUGUUUUUACGUCAUUCGUUGUAUCUAUGUACCUGUUUGUGCAUAAUUGUGCUUAUUAUGUUCAAGUACGAUCGAAUUAUACUGUUUGAUCGUUUCUGUGUUCGUUUUUUAUUCGUACAAUUUUUUAUCGUGUAUAUUCACGAAACACUCAUAUUCUGUAAAAUUUUCAUAAUUUUCAGAACAAAUGGUUGGAUAGUUUAAAAGAGAGGGCCGUUUGUUUUGCCGCCACCGAAAAAAGGUUAUUUCUGAAAUAGCGUUAAUUUCACCGCCAGGGUAUACCUACAAUACUAAUACGUAAUACGUAUCCAUCUGUUCAUAUGUCCAUGAAAUGAAAUAGCCCAGGCAAAAUACAAUUUGACCCAAACGUAAUUGCGCGAUCAAAGAUUUUUUUGGUGAGUAUUGUCUAGGGUGGUGUGCUGAACAACAUACUAAAAGUCCCCGCCCCUACCCCACGAGCUAAUUCUCCCACAAUGGAUCAAAGUCCCCCGAAAUCAAUUUUUCGUCAAAAACUCCAUGAAAUAUUAAAUUUUGAGUGAAAUGAGCUUAGUGAUCAUUUCAUUCCCUCUAAAAUAUCUAUCAAAUGAGCAAUCGACCAACUCCCUAUCCCAAGGGGGUGGCGCUACGACCCCGCAAUGUGAUGUGAUUUUAAUAACUUUACAUUUUAUGACUUUGGAAGUUCGGACUUUGAACCUAUUCUAAUUGAUCAAAUGAAGUCAAACUUGGGGAAUGGGAUUCUUUUGGGAGCUAGAGUUGACACAAUGGGUUUCCACUUUAUAUUCUGCCUUAAAUGGGGUGGGGAUGACCUAGGAAGUUGAGAUUUGGAUAUGUUGAUUCGAUUAGUGAAUAUCUUGAGGCGAUUGCCCAUAGCUUGUACUCGUGAAUUUGAAUCAUUUUCCAAUUACCUAUACCUAUGUAGUUAUAAUUUAAUAAUUUUCAUUCUAAUAAAAUAUACUUAAUUUCAUUUUUUAUCUGAAUUACGCAAUCUUUCACCAUGGCGGCAAAAUAAACGCUAUUUCAGAAAUGAACUUUUUCUGGAUGUACCUAGGUACGAGCCUUUUAAAAGGGCAUUCAGGUAUAAUUUUAAAUUACUUCCUUCAGACUGAGACCAAUAGUGUGCCACGCACACUGAAAAUAGUUAUGUAUUGGUGUAUUCUACUUAUAAGCAAAGCCUCAAUACGAUUUUCAAACUCAAGUUUUUUUUUUUCAGAUUUGAAGAGUGAUUGUAAAGCAUUACAUAUUAACCAAUACAAUUCCAGCCAUUUUUUUCCACUUUCUAAAAAUAACGGAGGAGAAAUAACAUUGGUCUUUUACGUGAAAUGCAGCUAUGACGCUCACAUAUUCCUUUCGCCAACGCCAAACUUUCCAACAUCAAAGGAACAAGACAAGGUGUACGAAAUAGUUUUGGGUGGUCACUUUAAUUCGUGGUCAGCAAUCCGAAAGAAACCAGAAUCUAAAUACCUCCUGCAAAUUAAUGAGGCAACUGUUUCACUGGAUGAAUGGCGUGAAUUUUGGAUCCGUGUAUCUUCGAAUGGAAUCAUUCAAGUAGGAAAGAGUAAAGAAAAUAACGCGUUCAUGCUUUGGAACGAUCCGGAUCCGUAUACAAUCAACUAUUACAGCUUUUCCAGUGGGAGUAAUACCGACGUAUAUUUGUUCCAUCAAUGCUUCAAUCAAAUAACUUUGAAAAGUAAUUGCAAGGCAUUACAUACUGAAUCAUACGGUUACAAUGAUUUUUUUCCAAUAUCUAAAAGUAACGGAGGAGACGUAAUGUUGAUAUUUUACGUGAAAUGCAAACGAGAUGCUUUCAUAUUGCUUUCGCCAACGCCAAACUUGCCAAUAUCAAAGGAACAAGAAAGGGUGUACGAGAUAGUUUUGGGUGGUGGCACUAAUACAUAUUCAACAAUCCGAAAGAAACGAGGAGGUCCAAAUAUCCCGGAAAAUUUUGAGGCCAAUUUUGUUUCACCGGAUGAAUGGCGUGAAUUUCGGAUCAGUGUAUCUUCGGAUGGAAUCAUUCAAGUAGGAAGGAGUAGAGGAAAUAACGUUUUCCUAUAUUGGAAAGAUCCGGAUCCGUAUACAAUCAAUUAUUACAGCUUUUCCAGUUGGGAUAAUUCCGAAGCAAAUUGGUUCCAUCAAUGCACAAAUCAAACUG